UGACUUGGGUCUGACGUAACUGUUUAGUCAUAACUUUGAAGUCGUAGAUAAUUUCGUCUAUCUAGGAACCAACAGUAAGACCAAUAAUAACGUCAACUUUGAAAUCCAGUACACAAUCACACUUGCCAACAGGUGCUAAUUUGGACUGGGUAGGCAAUUGAAAAGUAAAGUCCUCUCCCGAAACCUAACUCUAAGAGUCCUUCCGUCAACAAACACAAGGAAAGUUCGACGUUGGAAAGCUGUAAGCACAACAGACUGCCGAGCGAUUUUCCACUUGACUUGCACUCCUACUCUCUGUGAGCAUUCAUCAGCAUAUCGGUAUACGGGAACUGUAGGACGGUAUUACAAGCUCUCUACGUAAAUCUGAAAACGAUACUUUUGGAUUUCGCAAAGGUCGCAAAAACAGUUAGUACAAUGAGGACUGCCCUGUCGCAAUGGAGAGAAAACAGACUGCCUACCUCGCAACCUUGCGAUCGACCACAACACUUGCGGAAUGAGAUACCGAGAGAUGAAGAGGGGAGCAAGACGCAUUUGCAGACAAAAAAAAAAGAAAGAGGCCGAGUGCGUGAGUAUGAACAGUUUGGGAGGCUAGUCGAAAAGGGUAACGCUCCAAAAUUCGACGAAAGGAUAAGGCGACUUACGGAAGGUUUCAAGACCGGACUGGUCAGACUCUUGCAGGACAUCGAUGCCAAAAGUAUAUUGAAUUUAUGGAAGGAACACUUUUCCAACCUCAUGAAUGGUAGUGAAAAUGGAGGAUCCGGAGAUGGUGAAUCCGAAACCCAAAUCGAUGACGAUGAAAAAGACGUUCCAUUACCUGUCCAUGAAUCGCCCGCUUAAAAAACAACAAAGCGGCUGAAGCUGAAGGCCUACCGACAGAACUAUUCAAACAUGGCGCUGAAGACCUGACAUGGAGAAAGCAUCAGCUACUUUGCAGAAUAUUGUUGGACGGUGUGUUCUGCCCAAUCCAUAAAAAAGGGGACCCCACAGUCUGCACCAAUUACCGUGGGAUAGGCCCACUUAAUACCGCCUAUAAAGUCCUGUCGCGCGUAUUGUGUGAAAGACUGAAGCCCAUCGUA